AUGGGUUCGUGCGGCGGGCAAAGGCGCGGUGGAUGUUCUCAAGGGGAUCCUCGAGCAGCUUGGCCUGCAGGUAACCGGGGAUGCCAGGAAGCUCAGCACAGUCUCAGAAAAUGCCUCGAGUCAAAAAGGUUCUUCAUUGUUAUUGAUGGCAUGAGAACGGAACUUUGGAACACCAUGAAAAAUUCUUUCCCUGCGGCGAUGGGAGUGAGCAGCAGAGUUGUGGUGACGACACCCAUUCAGUACAUAGCAAAUGCCUACAGCUCUGCUCAUGGUCAUGUGUACGCAAUGAGAACUCUUAGCGAGGAUCUGUCAAGAAAAUUGUUCCUCAAAGAAGCUUCCUUGGAGGAUUCAUCACCUAGUAAUGAGCUCGGUUCAGAAGCACUGAAGAAAUGCGAUGGUCUGCCACUCGCUCUCGUUACCACAGCCCAAUUCUUGCAGAGUCGAGGUGAUCCGACACGGACAGAGUGGACAAGGCUGUGCAACAACCUGGGUGAACAUCUAGAAACAGAGGACACCUUAGCGAGAAUGAAGAGUGUGGUUUGCCGCAGCUACGCCAGUCUUCCUGAUCAUUUUAUCAAGACAUUCUUGCUAUAUCUGGGUAUCUUCCCACGUGAUCGCCCGGUGAGGAGAGAAAGGCUCAUAAGGCGAUGGCUAGCUGAAGGAUUAUUUGGAGGGGAUGCUGAACUCGCUACGUGCUAUUUCAAGAAGCUGGUCGACCGCAGUAUCAUUCGGCCUAUUGAUGUGAGCAGCAACACAGAGGUGAAGACUUGCCAAACUCACGGCAUGAUGCUCGAGUUCAUCCUGCACAAGUCCAGAUGUGAGAAUUUCAUUACCUUGUCACAUGAUCAGGCACGCCAAACCGGCAAGACCCGUUGGCUUUCUCUGCAUCCUGAAAGUGCCGGACGGGCUAGGAUGAGUCGAGAGGACUUACCCUUUGUCCGGUCCCUAACAAUCUUUGGCAAGGCACACAAAUCUGUUUUUGAUUUCUCCAAGUACGAACUGCUGCGAGUUUUGGAUCUGGAAGAAUGUGAGGAUGAAUUGGGUGACAAGCAUCUCAGAGAGAUAUGCAACCUGCUGCUACUCAGGUAUCUAAGCCUUGGUGGCCCCAUUUCAGUGCUUCCCAAGGAGAUUGCAAAGCUAAAACUUUUGGAGACACUUGAUAUAACAAGAACGAAGAUAGAGAUUCUCCCUAUACAAGUCAUCGAGCUACCGUGUUUGAUUCAUCUGUUUGGAAGGUGCAAACUUGAAGAUGCAAGUCAGAGAAUAAGUAAGAUGAAGAACUUCCUUUCAGAAAAAAGUAACUUGCAGACGCUAUCAGGAUUUGUUGCUGACAAAGGAUUUGCACAACUCAUGGAUCAUAUGAAUAACUUGACAAAGGUGAAAAUAUGCUGUGAAUCCACUAUGGAUGUCAGCAACAUAGCUCAUCUUUCCAAGUCAAUUAAAGGGUUCGUCCAGAGAGGCACUCAUGCGAACGACAAUCGUUCACUCUCACUGAAUUUCAACAAAUGGUCGGAAGACUUGCUGAGUUUUUCCUUGGAAAAAACCUGCUUUCUCCGUAAACUGAAGCUACAAGGCAACAUCUUGAGCUUACCUCCAUUUGUUACCACGUUGGCUGGUCUCACCGAGCUGUGCCUUUCAUCCCUCGGUAAGUUCACUGGGGAUAUACUUUCUGCCCUAAGUAUGGUGCGCUCCUUGCAGUACCUGAAGCUGGUAGCAAGUCACAUGGACAAGUUUGUCAUAAGAAAGGGGCAGCUCAAUAUACUGCUACGCCUGUGCAUCGUGGUGCAAUCCAUGGAAGACCUAGAAAUCGAAGAGGGGGCGCUUCCGUGUUUCGAGUCCCUCCAGCUUCUCUGUAAGGAUUUAGAUGGUCUUGGUGGCAUAAGAAUGGAGUUCCUUGGAUGUCUCAAGGAGGUGGCUCUCGACGAUGGAGUGAGCGACGAAGCAAAACAAGAGUGGGAAGAAGCAGCAAAGAAGCACCCGAGACGACCCAAAGUCUUGUUUGUGAAAACAAUGUCAGAGUCAGAAGCUGAUCAUCAGAUGCAGACGGGGGGAAUGGAGCCUGCUGAGACUCCUGCAACACUAGCUCCCGGACAUGACGCCCAGGUGCGCCUGCUUAACGAGGGAGCUGAGCAGACUGUGGUGCAGGUGCAGCCAACUCCCAACCCCAUGCUUGUUCGUGGCCAGUGA